AUGGAAGAACCUGAAAACACUUAUUGUUCGGCCUGUCGAGGCGACAUCGCUUGCUGUAACUACUGCAAGACUUUUAUAUUCUGCCAAUCGUGCGGCCCAAAUACUGAGGACAGAAAGGCACGACACUGGACUUUUUGCGGACUAAUCCAGCAGCGAAGAGCUGAGUACCUGGCGCUGAGAGAUGAGGAACGGCGGCCCAUUCAGACACGCGGCGGCCUCUGUCUACUGCUCGCCGAAAAAAGGCAUGAAUUGGUCCACUUGAUGUUUAAGGCAGCCUAUCCAGAACAAUUGCCAAUGGAGACGAUAAAUGACAUGGUCGAGCUCUUCGACUACCAGCCAACUUCUGGUUGUUGGAACUUCACCGCUGCUAAGCUCGCGCUUCCAGCACUGUACAUAUGCCAAGGCCGAAACCGGUACGCUUUCGACUAUGCACUGAACUUCCUCAACUCCAGGGUUCUCACCGACCGGCAGGAGCGCGAUCUUGGGCCGUUCCCGUUCUUACAUGGCACGGGAGCCCAAAUAAGGUUCUCUUUCCUUGAAACCGUCGACGGACUUAUCCGUGCAGACGAGUCACGUCUAGGUUUCUUCCGCGUUCCGCUUGUCUCGUGCAAACUUCGAGUACUUUCGGAAAUCCGACAGCUUGAGAGAAACCCAAGAAGGUUUGCAGCAUUGCGCCAGUUAUCCCGCCCUCGUUAUCUUUGGGACAGCCACAACCACCCACGUCGUCAGCAGAUGAGCGAGACCGAAGUGAGGGCCAUUGUCCACCAAGUUCCCCUUGCCCAACGCAUUGCCGGCUUGAAGAAUGAGAUACGGACUUUGGCGCGGUUUCAGGAUUCGACUUGGAGGAACGUUUGGAGGCACUUGUGUCUCCCAACAGAUUGCGAUUGGCGUCAGCAAAACCCUGUAGAGAACAUGGACGAGGAGAUGCAAAAGGUCAUCUAUGCCAACCGCCACGCAUGGGCGGGCGUGCCUGAGGAAUGCGAAGGCAUGGUAAGCUUGUUGGACCUUUGGCGCUAG